GCUGUUCCCUCUGCCCUAAGUGCAGCGGCCCAGCUUCGGUCACAGUGGUUCCAUGUGGUGGCGGUGGGCGGUGGACUGUCCGGGUCCAGGUCCGUCCUGCUGCCUGUUGUUCAGCUACUCCGCCAAUGAGAGCCCGGCUGCUUCUCAGUCCCAGUCCAAUGAGAGCGGCAGGCUCUGGACUCGGAUCGGGAGUUGGGUUGUUCAAUCUGUGAGGGGGGACAACAAGCUCAGCGCUGACUGAACUGGAUGGAUGGUUGCUGGCGAUGAACUUUCCUGCUGGUGCUGGUGGUGACUGUGGUAAUGGGUGAUCAAGCUGCAUGUUGCAAUUGAGCUCUCCGCAGAUGUUGUGAUGUCCCAAACCCGAGCGAGCGAGCUAUAUUUACAAAUGAGUUGCUGCUUGGCUACGGGACGUGUGUCCUAUCACUGAGGCCACAUGUGUAUCUGGAGAGAUGGAUCGCUGUAAGCACGUGGGACGCCUACGUCUGGGCCACGAUCAUUCUAUCCUCAAUCCUCAAAAAUGGCACUGUGUGGACUGCAGCACCACCGAUUCAGUGUGGGCCUGCCUCAAGUGCUCCCACGUGGCCUGUGGACGUUUCAUGGAGGAGCACUCGCUCAAACACUUUCAGGAGUCACAACACCCACUGGCUAUGGAGGUGCGUGAGCUGGAUGUCUUCUGCUUUGCCUGUGGAGACUAUGUACUCAAUGACAACGCAGAAGGAGACCUCAAACUCCUCCGAGGGGCGCUCUCUACUGUUCGCAGCCCAGGUAGACGCUCGCUACGGUCCUCAACUGGAGGGGAAUGUACCAGCUGGGUCGGGGAAGGUGGGUCGCAGCCCGCCAUGCAGCUGGCUUUACGUCACAGGAGGAAAGCGCUCCUUGGGAAGAUGUUCCGGAUAUGGAUCGACAAAAAUCAGGAGCUGCAGAAUCAACGCAAGGAGAAACUUGAGGAAGCUAGAAGACAAAAGAAAGAGGUGAAAAGAAGACUCAUGGAAGAGCUUGGCAACGUACCUCCCAGAAAGAGUGCUAGGCUUCUUACUCAGGCGCCACGUUCCAUGAUUACACUCAUUCCUCGCAAAUUUCGCGACCCUCCAGACCGCCUACCUCCUCCUCUUCCUCCCAAGAAGCCUUCCAUUCUAACUCUGUCCCGUAAGGCUCCUCAGAAUGGCAGAGCUGCUAAACUGAGGAGAUACUACUCCACACAUACCGCAACCCGCCGGAGACCCGCUCCGGGUGUCACUGGUCUGCGCAACUUGGGGAACACAUGCUACAUGAACUCAAUAUUGCAGGUGCUGAGCCACCUGCAGAAAUUCAGGGAGUGUUUUCUCACUUUGGACCUGUGUGAGACUGAGGAGCUCCUGGCCAAGACCAAUCACUCCCAGGGGAUGAAGGGGGUCACAGGAGGCGUCGUCAGCAGUGGUAACACGGCGCUGUCGGGAUGCCCGCUUGGACGCAUGGGGAAGGCAGGCUGUUGGAAUUUGCCCGUGGGCAAAAAAGAAAGCACUCCGCCUUCCCCGCAGGCUGCAGAGUUGGUCCAGCCCAAGGAGCCUCGCUGCUCCACCCGCCAGCAGAUGUCUCUGUGCCAUGAGUUGCAUACACUUUUCAGGGUCAUGUGGUCAGGGCGGUGGUCUCUGGUAUCUCCCUUCGCCAUGCUUCACUCCGUGUGGAACCUCAUCCCAGCUUUCCGUGGCUAUGACCAGCAGGACGCCCAGGAGUUCCUCUGUGAACUGCUGGACAAGGUGCAGCAGGAGCUGGACACGGAGGGGUCCAAACGCAGGAUAGUCAUCCCCAUCACCAAGAGGAAACUGUCUAAGCAAGUGCUAAAGGUUCUGAACACCAUCUUUCAUGGGCAGCUACUCAGCCAGGUGACAUGUCUGUCCUGCAAGCACAAGUCGAACACAGUAGAGCCAUUCUGGGAUCUGUCCUUGGAGUUUCCAGAGCGAUAUCACAGCGUAGACAAAGCUUCGGGCUCGUCGGCUUACCAGCGCAGCUGCACCCUCACUGAGAUGCUCUCCAAGUUUACAGAGAUGGAGGCUCUUGAAGGAAGCAUCUAUGCCUGCAACCACUGCAACAGAAGAAGACGGAAAUCAUCCCACAAACCCUUAGUUCUGUCAGAGGCGUGUAAGCAGCUUCUGAUCUACCGCUUACCUCAGGUUCUACGGCUGCACCUCAAACGCUUCAGAUGGUCGGGGCGGAACCAUAGGGAGAAAAUCGGCGUCCACGUGGCCUUUGACCAGGUUCUGAACAUCAAACCGUACUGCUGUACAGGCUCAGGUCACUCUGUCCACAGAGGAGGCUACACCUAUGAUCUGUCUGCUGUCGUCAUGCAUCAUGGUAAAGGCUUUGGCUCAGGGCAUUACACCGCAUACUGCUACAACACAGAAGGAGGUUUUUGGGUCCACUGUAACGACUCUGACAUGAAGGUUUGCAGUGUGGAGGAAGUGUGCAACACUCAGGCCUAUAUUCUCUUCUAUACCCAGAGGUCCGCGUAGGCACCUCUCGCUGUGAUGUCGACCUGCAUACGGCAGCGUAGGGCUGCAUUUAUUAAAAUGUUCGCUGAUGUUUUCCCAGAUGUCAUUGCACACAAUCACCUUAAACUGAUUUAUCUAAAAAAAGAUAAGAAUGAGGGCAGUAGGACAGCCGCCGCCACCAUCGCGAGUCGAGUUGAACAUUUUAGCAGCGUAACCAAGAAGAGAGAGAUGGAAAUAAACGGUGUCCUGCUGUAAAUUUUGCAAUUCAGAAAUGUUUUUUUGUUUUUUAUUAAAGAAAGGAAAUCAAACACAUUUUCAUAAAUGCAGCCACAGCUUUCUCCAACUGUGGGACCAGCAUAUUGGUUUAUGGCCUAAAGACUGUGGGAGCAGGUCUCACUCUGUCCUGCUGAACACCAACACGUGUGUGUGUGUGCGUCCAUGUUUUUUUUUCAGUCUCGUCAGGUCUUGUUGUGUCUGGAAACAACCGGUCACUCAACAAAACACUUUCGUGGGCAACACAGACUCUGGGACGGUGCAUUUUCUGUAACUGUACAUUUGAUCUCAAUGAACUACGACUUAAUAACGACGGAAGGUACAUCAUGUGACGUCAUAGCGUAAAUCCACUUGAAUGAAAGUGUGCUGACCGUCUGGACUCUGUGUUGCCUCGUUUUCAGCUUUUUUUAAUUAUGGUGUGUUUCCAUCUACGACUCGACUCGACUCGCCGCGGCACGGUUAAGUUGCGUUUCCAUUAGCAUAGUACCUGGCACCAGGUAUUUCUUCUUUUCUUCUUUUUUGAAGUACCUGCUCUGGCAAGGUUCCAAGCAUGCUGAGUAGGUGCUAUGCAUAAUCACUGCCGGCCACUGAUUGGUCAGAGUGCCGUCACAGGAAGAGACGUCCGACACAAGAAUCAAAGCCGAACAAUGCCAAACUGUAGAUCUGUUAAAAAGACGUAACAAUCCUAAAAAUGUAGGUUAAUCUCCAACGAUUAUCAGAGAAAUGUCUAAAAUCUGAUUCAGUUACACUGAAAACAACUGCUUUACAAGUCACGAGUCACUCGCUUGUGUCGCGUGUAAAACCUGACUCCGCCCAUGACUCCGCCCACAUUGAGUAAGUACUUUUUUGUAGUGGAAAUGCAACGUUAACCGAGGCGAGGCGAGCUGGGACCAUAGUGGAAAAGGGCCAUUAUUGUGACGUCGGUUCUGAAAACUUUCACUACUCAUCAUCAUCAUCAUCACCAUCAUCAUCAUCACGGUUCGUAUUUCAUGUCGUCCUCUCCUCACUUGUACUGCUGUGACUGAAUACUGUGCGAUUACAGUGAACAGGACUCAUUUUUGUUUUCUUUUAAAAAGUCAAUGUGUCAUAAAAAAAAAAAAAAAAAGUCCAGAGUUUUAGACACUUGAUUGAAGGUGAGUGACGGAGAGCUGCACUUUUUUGAGGAGGGGGCUAUAUUACUGUUGGUCCUAUCUUUUGUGAUUGUUCAUCUUUUUAGCUUCUGUAACAUCUUUAAAUGGCAGCUCCCCCUUGUGGUUUAACAGUUAAACUAGUCUGAGCCCACGUCCUGAUGCACUCGACUUGACUGCAGCUGAGUUUUUAAAACCACGACAUCUGGAGGAGGAGGAGGAGGAGUGAACGGGGCAGACUGGGAUACUGAAGAAUGUUGUUUUUGCCAGUCUUGGGGUACCCAUUUUGAGUUGAGCACCUGAAAGCAAUAUAUUGUACAUCCUGCAUCUUGAUGGGAAAUUAAGAUAAAAUCAGGAAUUUCUUCUGCUUGUUAUACAAUGUUUUUUUUUGUUGUUUUUUUUCUACUCUGCUGUUUCUAUCAAGGUUCUUUAGAAUUUGCUAGGUAAUCAAGAAGAAAAAAAUACCCUGCCGCAUUUGAUACGAGUCAAACGCGACAACACAUUUGUGAACUCUAUGUAAAAGUUGGAACAAUCUAAUGACGAUGAAUGUCUUACUUUUUAGUGGUCAGAUGUGGCCAUGCCACUCCCUCUGAUCCCCCGCCCCCAAGUUCUGUCUUGUACUGUAAAAAAAAAAAAUACCUGUCAUAAAUGUAAUGAUCAUAUGGGUUUUGCCUGAAGGUAAUUAUUAAAAAGACAAAACAAAUUUCAA